UCUAAAGCUCACUAAUUAAUUACAUGUAAAUGGAUAAAAAAUAAAAAUGUACCUGUGAAUUAUUUCUAGCAUACUCUAGUGAUUACCAUGUAUUUGUUUUGUGUGGCUCUGUAGGCAUUUCCAGGGUUACUCCACAUGUUUCAGCAAGUCCACUCUCCCUCAGAUUUAUCUUCGAUCAAGUUCUUAUUUCCCAAUGUUUCAUUGAGCUUUACACCUGUUUCUCUUGAGAAGAAUGUUCUCUGACUGGGAAGUGUUUCGCUGGUAGUGCUGAGUCACAAUUGGCCGUGACGUUGAGAUGGUCACUUUGACAGCCUUGCUGACGAUAUGCAUGUGGAUUCAAACACAAACGGCCUCAGGAGAGAAUUCCUGUCCAUCUGCUCCUUCAAAACUGGUGGAUUUUGAUGUGGAGUAUUCUGUACCUUACUUCCAAACAAACAAAGCAAUUCAGAAUAUUGCGGUGAACUUGGAAUCCCCUCCAACAGAGGUGUAUCUUGGAUCUCAAAAUGCAAUAGUGGCAUUUAGUAAUUCUAUGACUAAACUAUGGGAGGUGAAAACCGGGCCUCUGGACAGUCCUGACUGUCAGACCUGUAAGGCUUGUGGCAUAGAAAGUGAUCCUGAGGAUUCUGUGGACACAGACAAUGAAGUUCUUCUUUUCGAACCGGUAGAAGUUUCCCUGCCAUACUUGUACGUUUGUGGAAGUACUCAGCGAGGAAUCUGUUUCUUCAUCGACACGAGUGAUCCACUUGAGCCUAAAUGUUUAUACAAAAGAACGAGAAACUCUCCUGAUAACUGUCCCGACUGUGUGGCUAGCCCUCUUGGCACUAAAGUCACCAUCGUUGAACAGGGAGCAACUUCACUGUUCUUUGUUGCAGCUUCUGUCAACAAUAGAGUGACAGAGAAUUAUCCAAGGAAGUCUAUUUCAGUGAUAAGGCCACUCGCCACUGAGGAUGGCUUUGAGAUGGUCAUCAAUGGCAUGACGGUGCUGCCGAGUCUGCGUGACACUUACAAAAUAGAUUACAUUUACAGCUUUUCCACCAGAGAUUAUGUCUACUUUCUGUCCCUGCAGAGGGAAAUCCCCUCUAAAAGCAACUCACCUUUUGAGACUCGUCUGGGACGGCUGCCUAUUUCAAGUCCGGAGCUGUGGCUGUACAGGGAAGUGGUCUUGGAGUGCCGGUUUGAACCAAAGCGCCGGAGGAGAAGGAUAGGGACUCGUGCCAUGGAUAUUGUAUAUAAUGGGCUGCAGGCAGCACAUUUUGGACACGCUGGUAAGGACCUGGCUGACGAGUUGAGGGUCGACGUGAAAGACGAUAUUUUGUUUGGGGUCUUUGCCAAAGUUGACAAGCAAGGUGUGGUUCAGAAAAACUCAGCCCUCUGCGCCUUCCCUUUAAGUAAAGUCAACCAUGCGAUUGAGGUGGGGGUAGAGGCGUGCUGCAAGUCAGGUACCGAGCAGCUGUCAAGAGGCCUCUGCCACUUCCAGCAGUGUGAGAACUGCCCACAUGAAAGCUCUGAGGGAAAUGACACAUGCAUUCAUGUGCCCACACUAGUAUCAAAGCCUUACUACAGACUGGAUCUCUUCAACAGCCAGAUGAAUGGUGUCCUGUUCACUUCUGUUCUGGUCAGCACCAUUGGGAGUCACACAGUUGGACAUUUUGGCACCUCAGAUGGCAGGAUACUGCAGAUGAUUCUCUCACUGAUCAAACCAGUUGUUUUUGCCAACUAUUCACUGGGAGAGACAGGAAUGUCCCGGACAGCAGCUGUUCACUCCAAGGAUUCACUUCUCUUUGUUGCAGGAAAUAAGGUGUUCAUGGUGCCCUCAGCAGGACCAGGGUGUGCACAUUUUCUGACAUGUUCCUCAUGUUUGAUGGCUCCACUCUUUAUGAACUGUGGCUGGUGUUCAGGAAAUUGCACUCGGAAGGAUGAGUGUGCCUCACAUUGGGACAAAACGUCCUGUGCACCUGUUAUAACUCAGUUUUUUCCCAGAACAGCUCCUGUUGGUGGUGAGACAGAAUUGACGCUGUGUGGCUCCGAGUUUCAGUCUCCCCUGCGGCCAGCUAUCAUCGGUGGAAAAACUCAUGUUGUUACAGUGAGUUCAGGGAAUCUAUGUGCUGUUCUUCCUGAGAAGAGCAACGGUAAAAGGCUUGUGUGCAAAAUCCAAGAAAACAUGCCAAACCAUGAGCUGAGCAUCACUCUGGAAGUGCAUGAGGGAGAAGUGGAGGGCCCCUACUCAAUUGAAGGAACAGCUCAAAUAUCUGGUUUCUCUGUUGUGGAACCCAGCAUAACAGACAUCAAGCCUGACUUUGGACCCUUGUUUGGAGGAACAAACAUUACACUAACAGGGAAAUAUCUGAACUCUGGCAUACAAAGAGACAUCAUAUUUGGAGAUGAAAAGUGCACCAUUCAAAAAGUUACUGAAGAAACAGGGGAUUUGUCUUCAAUUAUUUGCAACACAUCAGCUGCAAAUAUAGUUGACGAGGUGCCAGUAAAGGUUUCUAUUGACGGCCAUAAAGUAAACACCACUAAGAAGUUCUCCUACAAGGAAAAUCCUGUCAUAACUUCCCUGGAUCCUCUCUGUAGUUUCCAAAGAGGUUCCAAGCUGGUGAUUGAGGGUCAGAAUCUCAACCAUGCCCACCAAAUCUUGGUUCAGUUCACUCCCAAAAAUUAUCAAGCUACUCUUCAAAAAGUUUGCAACGGUACACGACAUGCCACGCAUGUGGAGUGUUGGACCCCAGCCUUGCCCGUCGAAAUGCCUGAGGAAAACUUUGUGACAGGAAUGAUUUCAGUUGAAAUGGAUGGAAAACGUUACAAGUGGAGGGAACGCUUUGACUUUUACCCUGAUGCAGAGGUCAUCCACUUUGAGCAUGAGGACAAGACUUUACUACUGAAACCAGGAGACAGUGAGGUUUCACUGCAUCAUAAAAAAUUGAAUGCAGUGAGCAAGUGCAUGAACAUUUCCAUGAGUAUCGGCAAUCGUUUAUGCAACGUUCAGGUUCUCUCGAAUGAACUCACCUGCAGGAUUCCUAAAGGCCUGGUCAUCCCCACUGAGGGAUUACCUGUCAGAGUGUCUGUGAAUAGGGAAGAUUAUGAUGUGGGUACAGUUGCCUAUGACAAAACCAACACUUCCAUUGUGAUUGCCGGGAUUGCCCUGGGCAUUAUUGCAGCUCUGGUAGUAGGCGCCAGCCUUGCAUUGAUUGUGAUGAAGCAUUUGAAGGCAAAAAAGCAAGCAAACAUAGAGAACCGUUUAUCCACAGUGUUGUCCCGGGCCCGUGUUGGCAGCCAUCUUAACUCGUCUCCCACAGAUGACUACAGACGAGGUUUCCAUUCCGGCCAAACGUCAGGUUCAGGAGCAACCACCUUCCAGGGUCUGUUGUACUCUGCCAGCUACGAUCACCUGGCUGCUCCUUUGAUGCCGGGUGAAACUGUCUCCAUGGUUAGCUUAAAUACUGACUUGCUUGAAGAGGUUAACGAGGUGCUAAUUCCUGCUGAGAUGCUCAGAAUUGAGGAGAACCAGAUUAUUGGAAAAGGUCACUUUGGGACAGUUUAUCAUGGAUUCUUAAUAGAUAGCAUGAAGCAGGAGACUCACUGUGCUGUUAAGUCAUUAAACAGGAUCACAGAUUUGGGUGAAGUGGAUCAGUUCCUGAGAGAGGGCAUCAUCAUGAAAGGAUUCCACCACCCCAACAUACUGUCGCUGCUCGGUAUUAUGCUACCCAAGGAAGGGCUCCCUCUGGUGGUUCUGCCGUACAUGAAGCACGGAGAUGUGCGUCAUUUCAUCCGCUCUGAGAAGAGGAACCCUACGGUGAAGGACCUGAUUGGGUUUGGGCUCCAAGUUGCCAAAGGUAUGGAGUACUUAGCCCAGAAGAAGUUUGUUCACAGGGACCUGGCUGCACGGAACUGCAUGCUAGAUGAAACCUUCACGGUGAAGGUGGCUGACUUUGGAAUGGCCAGAGACAUCUAUGACAAGGAGUACUAUAGCAUUCAAAAUCACAAGAGAGUAAAGCUGCCAGUGAAGUGGAUGGCCAUUGAAAGCCUGCAAACACAAAAGUUCACAACCAAGUCAGAUGUGUGGUCGUACGGCAUUUUGCUGUGGGAGCUGCUAACCAGAGGAGCUAGCCCGUAUCCAGAUGUUGACCCCUAUGACAUCACAUACUACUUAUUACAGGGGCGCAGGCUUCCACAGCCGCAGUACUGCCCCGAUACUCUCUAUUCAGUCAUGCUGACGUGUUGGAACCCGGACCCAGAGUGCAGGCCCAGCUUCCGCAGCCUGGUCGCAGAUGUAGACAACGUCCUGUCCUGUCUGAAAGGAGAGCACUACAUCAAUCUGAAGGUUACCUACAUCAACUUGGAUCAGCCAAGGCCGUACCCAUCCAUGAACGGCUCUGCAGACGAGGCUUCAGACAUGGAUUCAGGCACUCCUACAGCCAGCUAAGGAUUCAACAACAACAGAACGCAUAGCUUUAACUAUCCGAUGGGCUGCUGCUGUCUUCAUAUGGGAACAGAUGGAACAUUUGACUACUGAGUAAAGCAACACUGUUGACUCUAUGAGCUCUAACUGGAGAUAAAAUGAUGCCGGUCGCUCCUCGUGCUGGUCCUUUUGUUUUAUUUGUAGCAAAACAACAUUUUCAAAUCAGACAAAAUCAAUGGAAGUGGAUUUUGUUCCCAGCAUUGCUGAAUUGUUGUAUUUUGUGACACACAGACUUUUCUGUUAGGACAGCGGCCUUCAGUUACUUUUGCAUCACUGACUAGUUUUGAUCAAAAAUGUUUCUAUAGACCAAUGGGGUGGGGGGGAUCACAAACGUAAAUCAUAAUAAAUUGACAUUUAAAAAUACUUAUACAUAUAGUACAUUUUCGCUAUUUAUUUUACUAAUAAUUAUGGUCAUUUUUUCUAAAUGAAAUGCACUGCAGACCAUUGUAUUUUUUAAAAAAGUAUCACAAAUUCUGUGAAAGAUGUUUGUACUGUUUCUUUGCUGACUGGUACCAAAUAAUUCUGUUGGUCGAGGACCCGUGUGUUGGCAGGUUUACCCGUUAAACUGGUGCUCAGAGGUGAACUGUGUCUUUUUCCCUGCAUAUUGUAAUUACACAUGCAUUUAUCUGUAAUUGUGAUCAGAAUAUUAGAUUCAGUAUGCAGAACAGAGACAUGGACUUAAACUGCAUGUUCAGACACACUGACCACUAGAGGACGACCAAGGACUCAGUUUAAGGACUGAUGCAGUGAAGCUGUGCAGGAGGCCGAAAAACAUCUCUAUUUAAAGGUGUUGCUGAAAAGGUGAAAACGCUCCAAACCAUCUGUGCUCCUCUGAGUAAAGGUAACAAAUCCAACAUUUUAACUGAGUAAAAACAACAGGACAACACAAGAAGCCUUUGGGAAAACGAGCACUGACUGUUCAGCUUCUUUUCUGUCAUAGUUUAGCCAGAACAAAUUUUCCUACUGGAUGGCUGUCUUAUGUUGAUGAUUGUCACUGCCACAUGUUAUGUUUUUAUCCUUUUUUAUGAUUUUUUUUGUUUGUUACCAUUUUUACCAGAUUGCAUUGAUUCUUUUUUGAGUAAAUACUUGAUUGAAAUAAU